AUGGGAAAGAGCAAGGUUCUGGUUGUGGGGGGUACUGGUUAUAUUGGUAGGAGAAUAGUAAAAGCAAGUUUAGAACAAGGUCAUGAAACCUAUGUUCUGCAACGUCCAGAUAUAGGAAUCAAUACUGAGAAAGUGCAAACGCUUCUUUCAUUCAAGAAACAAGGUGCUCAUCUUGUGGAAGGUUCUUUUUCUGAUCAUCAAAGUUUGGUAGAUGCUGUGAAACUAGUUGAUGUUGUUAUUUGCACUAUGUCUGGUGAUCAUUAUCCAUCACAUAAUUUGUUGAUGCAACUCAAACUUGUUGACGCUAUCAAGGAUGCUGGAAAUGUUAAGGUAUGUACUCAGAUCAUUUUUUUAUAG